UAUAUAAAUGGACUGAUCAGUGCAAACCCUAUCUCGCUCGAUGCCGAAGAGCUUCAUGGCUUCGUCUUGGAUCCAUACAGAGAAUCCCCCCUGCAAGAUCGGAAUCUCCAGUCAAAGGCUCAAGUUCUUGUAUAUUUCUUUUUCUCUGGAUGUAUAUAUGUAGAUUUGGAUUAAGCUUCCUGAUUUGUACAACUUUCUCAAUUGAAGUUCAAAUUGUAAAAGAUAUGAAAUUCGUAUUGUGAAUCUCUUUUUUUUUCUUUUAUAAUUUUUGAAGUUCGAGGAUUGUUACGUUGGAAGGAGUAACACCGGUCUAGGAUUAGGGUUCCCAAUUUUGUGAUUUUUAUUUUUUUGGUGUUGCGUCGAUGGAAAUGGAGAGUUCUCGUAGACCAUAUGAUAGAUCGAGAGAACCGGGACCGAAGAAGCCGAGAUUGGCCGAAGAGGCCGCCAUCGAUAGAAAUUCAAACGCGCGGCUUUUCGCACAGAAGCCUGCUCCUUUGGGGUCCGGUUCGAUGCCCACAAGAUAUCGAUCCAACGACAGAGAUAGGGACUCGGAGAGUAGCGAUUCAAUGCGAGGGCCUUACCAGCAGCAACAUCAACAACACCAAGAGCUUGUCAGUCAGUACAAGACCGCCCUUGCGGAGCUGACUUUCAAUUCGAAGCCCAUCAUUACUAACUUGACGAUCAUCGCCGGGGAGAACUUGUACGCUGCCAAGGCCAUUGCGGGCACAGUCUGCGCUAAUAUUCUCGAGGUUCCAAGUGAGCAAAAGCUUCCUUCACUUUAUCUUUUAGACAGCAUUGUGAAGAAUAUUGGGAGGGAUUACAUAAAAUACUUUGCUGCCAGAUUACCUGAGGUAUUCUGCAAGGCAUAUAGACAGGUUGACUCUUCUACACAUCCUGGGAUGCGGCAUCUUUUUGGAACUUGGAAAGGAGUCUUCCCUCCUCAGUCCCUUCAGAUGAUUGAGAAAGAACUUGGUUUUCCUCCUGCCAUCAAUGGUUCAUCCUCUGGGCCUGCAACAUCUAGGCCUGAUUCACAGCCUCAACGUCCUGCACACAGCAUUCAUGUAAAUCCAAAGUAUUUAGAGGCAAGACAACGUCUUCAACAGUCAAGCAGGGCAAAAGGAGUGGCUAAUGACAGUAGUGGGACAAUGGCGAACUCACCUGAGGACGUAGAGAGACCAGAAAAGGAAGCUUUUAUUAGUUCUGGGAGGCCAUGGGUGGAUCCUCCUCUUAAGAUGCAUGAUGCUCAACGUCCUCAUAGGGAUGUACCUAAGGAGUCUGCUCGUGAGAAGAACAUUGGUGCGUCAUAUGGAGACUAUGAAUUGAGUUCUGAUCUUUCACAUCCGGGCUUUGGAACAGAAAGAGCUGAUGAGCAGGUUAAGGAGCAAGCAUUUAACAAGCCUUGGUAUGGAGCUGGUUCUAGUGCGGCAGAGACAAUAUCUGGACAAAGGAACGGUUUUGAUGUAAAGCAUGGGUUUCCAAGUUAUUCAGCCUCUAGAAUGACGAAUAUUGAUGUGCAUCAUCAACAACCAAAAAAGGACAUUCCCAGCAGAAGCAAUAGUGGGGUGAAUCAGAGCUGGAAGAACUCUGAUGAAGAGGAGUAUAUGUGGGAUGAUAUGAACUCCAGAUCAAGUGAUCAUGGUGCAAUCAGUAGCUCUAGGAAAGACUAUUUGACCCCUGAUGGUUCUGAAAGAUUGGGCAGUGAGAACCAUCUCUGGAAACAACGAAGCAUAUAUGAUAUUGGGUCAAGAGUUGAAAGAGAAGCGUCAACUGAUGAACUUUCCAAGGAACAGAAAGAUCAAGCAAUUUUUGGGCAUCAGAUGUCAUCAUUAUGGACUCCAGAAAAGCAUUCAACAGAUGGGGAGAGCCAUUCAGGCUCUGAUAGAAUUAUUUCAGGCCAUUCAGAAGGCUUUCCUAGUUCUUUCAGUGGGUUGUCGACAAGUGCAAAUUCUCUAUCCAGGGUGUCUUUCCAGUCACAAGCAGGGCCAUCAAGUAUUGGACCCUCAAGUUUUGGGUUGUCAACAAAUCCAGUGUCAGGUUCCACUGGAUUGAUGGGGCAACAACAUUCUGUCGGAGCUGCUUUACCCUCAUCUUUGCCAGGGCACCAUCCCCACCAAGGAUUGGAGAGCUUGAUUGAUCAAGACCAUCUGCGAACUCAAUUCCUUCCUCGUCCAGAAUUACAAAAAUCACAAUUUUCAGGACCGUCAAACAUGAGGCCUCACAAUCAAUUUUCUCAGGACUCCAUGUCUCUGCAUCUUGGAAAAAUUCGUCCAGCAAACUCACAGAAACAACCCCAGAAUUUACGUACUCCUCCUGUGAUGCCCUCUGCUGAUGUAAAGCUGCGCUCUCCUUUUCUGCAACACCUUCCACCAGACUCCAUAAUGUCUGAACCUUCUGACAAAUCCCAUAAAUUGCUAUUUCCUCAGGCUGUAGUUUCUGGAAAUGCAUCAGCCCAUGAGAAUCCUUCAUCAGAUCCCGCAAAUCCUCCUCCUGCAGAAACUUCUGGGCAAUCAUCAAACACAAGUACUUUGUUGGCUUCCAUAGUGGAAAGUGGAAUACUCAGUGCCAAUUCUGUUAGUGGCAGCCUACCAAAGUUGAGUUUUCAGAAUUCUGGGAAAAUGUCAUCAAAGUCUUUCAUGCCGCCUCCUUUACCGAGUGGCCCUCCACCUGCUCAAUUUACAUCUUCAGGUUCCCGAGUAGCAUCAGGAUCCCGUAAAAGUCUUCCUUCCCAUGACAGUAAAUCAGCCUCCACAACUCUCCUUGAAAGAGAGGUAGAGCAACCACCCCUGCCACUUAGUUGUCCUCCUUCCUUGCUCGUGGGUAGUGCGUCGACACAAGCUUCAAAUGUGACAGAUGCCGUCACCAAUCCCGUGUCUAGUCUGAUCAGUUCUUUGGUUGCAAAGGGAUUAAUUUCUGCAUCACAGAAAGAGCUACCUACGUCUUUGUCUCAGCCAAUGCCUAAUCAACCCCAUAAACAGAAAGCAAGCAUUGUUUCAACUGCUACAGUAUCUGUUUCUUCAGUUCCAGUUACCUCGACCACCACAGUUUCAUCCAAUAGAGAUGAGCUUUCCAAACCUGUUGCUGGGGGCUCUGUUGCCAUAUCUCAAUUGACCUCAGAGGCUGUAAAAACUCUUAUUGGUAUUGAGUUUAAACCUGAUGUAAUUCGUCAGCAACAUCCAGCUGUCAUCACUGAACUACUUGAUGACCUUCCUCAUCAGUGCAGCACUUGUUGCCUUCGACUUAAACUUCAAGAUCAACUUCAGAGUCACAUGGAAUGGCAUGCAUUGAGAAAUCCUGAAGUGACCGAUCUACACAAGGCUUCAAGAACAUGGUAUGCAAACUCAGCUGAUUGGGUAGGUGGAAAGGCUGGAAUUCCAUCAGGAAUUGAAUCCACUGUGUUGGAAACAUCUGGCAAGGGAAUGGAGAAGGGCAUGGAUAUGGUUCCUGCAGAUGAAAGUCAAUGCGCAUGCAUUUUGUGUGGUGAGCUUUUUGAAGAUUUUUACAGUCAUGAAAGGGCUGAAUGGAUGUUCAAAGGAGCUGUCUACAUGACUAUACCCAUGGGAGAUGCUAUGGUAGGAGCCUCAAAGGAUAGUGCUGCCGAGGGACCUAUUGUUCAUGCAAACUGCCUAUCAGAACGUUCAGUUGAGGAUUUGGCUUUGGGGAGCAGUGUUAAAUUGGAAAUGGAUGCAUAAUAUUUUAAGUUGAAAAGGAGCACUGUCAUAAUGCCCGCUUAUAUGGUAAAGAAACAGAUAGAGCAUAUACAGGUUUACCAUUCAUAGCUUGUAUAUGCCUCAUCAUCAUCUGGCGUCAAAUCAUCCGUGGCUAUAACGGUGCCUACAGCUGGUUAUUAGUUUGUCAAAUUUUCAUUUUUCUUAGUUUUAACGUUAAAUCAUACAAAGAAAUGCCAUAUGGUUUACAAACCAUUUUCUUUGUCUAAUUUGGUUGAUCUGUCGUCCAUCAUUGCUCGUUUUGACUAGCUAAAGCAACAUUUUGACUCUGACUCCUGAAUCUGUUGCUAGCAGCUUUGCAAAAGUAACCUCUGCAGGUUUCUUAAGCUACACAAUCCGCAGAAGGCAUGCUUACUAAAUCAUCAAAAUACCCAAUAUGCUUUUUGUUUC